AUGAAAAUAACAGUUAAAAAAUUACAAGGAGCCGAGUGUAUUUUAGACGUAGAACCAGAUACACGAAUAAUUGCAAUAAAACAACAAGUUUUCAAGAAAUUAGGUAUUUCAGUAGAACAACAAAAAUUACUCUUGCUUGGCAGAACAUUAAAUGACGAACAAACAGUUGCAUCUUAUCCAUCAAUUAAAGAUGGAACCAAAUUAAACCUAGUCGUUAAAAAGCCCGAGGGUCUUUACGAAGUCUCUUUGAAAUAUUUCAAAAAGCAAGGGAUGAAUGAUUCAGAUGCUGCAAAUAGUGCAAACAGAUUGCUCAAAAUAAUUCAAAGCAAGUUCAAUAAAUUGUCAUGGGAUGAUGUGGAAAAGCUGUCUUUAGAUUGUUUAAUGGAUAUAAAAGGCCAGCAUAGGCCAGUAGUGGAGAAGGAUACAGAUUCUGAGGACAUGUGUACAUUG